AUUGAUUUAGUCCGAGUUCAGAUUUAGCACAUAAUCAUGUUCAAUUUGAUCCACCGUGCUGCCUAGAGAUAAAAGGGUUGAAAAAAUAGAUUUAGCUUAUGUCAGUCUUUGUGGUGAUGUCAUUGCCAUGAGAGAUGGAAUAGCGCUGUUACUAUGCUGUGCCUGCUCAGUUGGUGGGUGUACGGGGGAAAGGCAAGGAGCAACUCUCAGUUUAGUGCAAAGAGCUCGUGCCGGAAGCUUGCAGUCAUUGAGACAGAAUUUUGGACUGUUCAAUUGCAGUACUGAACUGAAGAUUUUUUUUUUUAUUUAUUUAUUUUUUUCCUUCCAACCGUUUGUUACUCUGAGCUUGCCUAACUCUGUGUUCAAAGGCGGGGGAUGCCAGCCCGUAGCAUGGACUGUGAUGUUUCCACUCUGGUUGCCUGUGGGGUUGAUGUGGAGAUUUUUGCCAACCAAGAGGUUAAGGAGAAAUUCGAAGGCUUGUUCCGUGCCUAUGAUGACUGUGUGACAUUCCAGCUGUUCAAAAGCUUCAGGCGUGUGCGGAUAAAUUUUAGCAGUCCCAAAUCAGCUGCUCGUGCCAGAAUAGAGCUGCAUGAAACACAGUUCAGAGGGAAGAAGUUAAAGUUGUAUUUUGCACAGAUUCAGACCUCUGAGACAGAUGGAGACAAGCUUCAUUUGGCACCACCACAGCCUGCAAAACAGUUUCUCAUCUCGCCUCCAGCCUCCCCACCUGUAGGGUGGCAACCAAUAGAUGAUGCAACACCUGUCAUCAACUACGACCUCCUUUAUGCAGUUUCCAAGCUUGGACCAGGAGAGAAAUACGAGCUGCACGCGGGAACAGAGUCCACUCCCAGUGUGGUAGUGCACGUCUGCGACAGCGACAUGGAAGAAGACGAGGACCCAAAGAAUUCUCCAAAGCCAAAAAUCAUUCAAACUCGACGCCCUGGUCUGCCGCCGCCUGUAUCUAACUGAGCCUCUCCGGCAGAAGCAGCACUUCUCUCCUCCAGCACAGCUCUUGGUUUUUGUUUGCUUUGUUCUGUUCAAAGGCAGCCAUUGCCUUCUGAGUACCGGGACAUUAAGGUCAUUGAAACCCCUUCACAGUAAUCAAGCCUAUGUAACAAAAGGGCUAGGAAAAAGAUCUUUGUACAUGUAACCAUAUCACACCAACUAAUAGAUCUAGCUGGAAAGGGCAAAACGAGGCUGAAGAAACAAGGGAGGGUUUCAGUCUGAGGAUCUUUUCACAGCUAUAAUUUGCAUGCUGAAACACCACUACCAGAGAGAUCGUUCAAGGUGGAAAUUAGGCUGAUAUCAGGCUUGAUAUUCAAACUCCCAGGAUACUUGCUACUGCCUUUCAUCAAGCAGCCUGCUCCUCUGCCCUCCUCACUUCCCAGCAGAGAGUUUUUUUCCCUUUUUCUUUUAUUUUUUUUUUAAAUGGGGGUAUGUGUGUUGUUUUUAAUCUACUAGCAGCUUGGUCCCAAAUCUUCGUUCGCGAAGCCUAGCCAUGAUGAGCAGCUUGGUGGCCUUUUCAUCCCCUGGAAUUUUCUGUAAGGAACACUAUCUUUGCAAUAUUUUUAGAAACAGCAGAAAGCCACCCUCUUCCACCAGCAGCUGUAGAGAACACUGGUCUGUCAUUGUGGCAGGGAUGUGAGACAGAGCUCUCUGGGCUCAGGGGAGAGGCAGCAGCUUCCUGGAGGGUCUGGUGUCUGUCAGUCCUUCUCUCUGAGGAGGAGGGAGACAGAAUAUCAACAGGGAUUGUGGGUUUAUCUUCCAUCAAGGUAUGAGUGGUACUUCUCUCUGAGUCUGAGGAAGAGAAGCUGACUGACUGCUCAUUUAAGAUGGGAUUCCUUGCUCUCUGUCAUAGCUGUAAGUUCCAGUAAUGAUACAGGCUGAAUGCUUUCCUAGUGGUGUGGUGAAUAGCUGUCAGUAAUUACGUGUACAUCUCUAAUAUUCAGCCCUUUUCCCUUCCCACUUCCUGUGCUUCAAAGCCCUUUUUGAGCUGUAUGCAGUUUGGGUUUGUGGAGGUGAGGAGAGGUUAGUUGGAGUUCUUUUGUUGGUUUUUUUUUUCUUCUCUUUUUUUAGGCCAAAGAAAACAGGACCAUAAUUACACACUUGAAAUUAGACUGCAUGCAACUGAAUCCCCUUUUUUCACUCUGUCCUGCAUGUUUCUUUCACUUGCAAUAUAUACUGGGUUACAAAAACUGUUCUGUGUUUGCAUCAUGGCUGACAGCAGACAGAUCCCGGAUUCCCUGUCUGGCAGAUCUUCCAUGAUGAUUUAUUUUUUUAAUGCGUACUUGUCAUUUUGAGAACAUAUUUUCUAGACAUUUGAGCUCAGAUUUUGCAUAUAUUUAAGCAUGCGCUUAAUUUAUGCACAUGAGUAGUUCCACUGAAAUUAAUACUGCAGAUGUCUAAGGUACAGUGGGAUUUUUAAGCUAAUUAGCUGCAGCUGUACUCCCCAAGGUGACUCUGAAAUGGCACAGUGAGAUUCCACAGUUUAAAAUCCUUUGCAGGUUAAAAUAAGUAAAUAUAUCUUGGAAGUUCACUCUAGGAUCUGAAAAGUCAGCUUAGGUUCUGUAAUCAGGAUUUUUUUGUCAUAAAACCUAAUGAUCUGGUUUCUGAGGGAGGGUUCCAUCGCGCCCUUAAUUAGCAGCAAGGCUACAAAGCUUCAGCAGGGUCAAGUUCCCUUUGCUGUGGUCUUGGCCUCUGUGGCACUUCCAGGACAACAAGAGUGUUGCUCUGUCAGUGAGGACAGGAGAUGGCAUUCCCAAUGUGCAUGGUGAGGAUGUUCUGAGAAUGAGAACUUGUCAUUCUCAUAUAGUUCAUUCUCUGACCACCACAGCCCCCUGAUAUUCCUGAUGAGAUGCAGUGCUUUACUUAGCAUAUAUCUAUAAUGUGAUACUUGUUACUGCAUUAUGGACAUCGUGGUGUGUGUGUUACAUUCACAGAAGCACAUUAACUACAGCAGAGACUGAACGGAAAAUGGGGCUUUAAUAUCCUCAUGAUGCCUGUGUAAAGUUUUCUUAAAGUAACUCCUUAGAGGUUUCACUUCAAUUAUUUUUUCAGUGAUGUAUUUAGAAUUGGUUCAAGAAAACAAAUUGUCACUCACAGCCCUGAGACUGUACCCUGAUGUUCUUGUUGAAAAAACCAUCAUAGGCCGCACAAGGUAUUUCAGGAGUAACACCACUGGCUUUUUUGAGAACAUACAGAAUGCUGAGGUACUUGGGGUUUAGGCCAGUAUAAACAGGGACAGUAAGAUUUAAACACGUAAGUGACCAGAGAUCAUCACCAAUCAAAGUGAUACUCUGGGUUUUUUUAUAGGCAAGACUGUUGGAGGCUGAAUCUUGUCCUUGUAUCCAUGCUCUCAAACUUUGAAGAGACCUGGUUCUGAACACAAGGACUUUGGCCUCAAAUGACGUAAAACUAUACUGCAGAUUAAAUCACUGGACCUUAAAUGUUCUUUCCUCAAAGUGCAUUUUCAGACAGAUUUAAAAUGAGGCCCUGUUUGCUGACUACUCUGGGCUGUGUAAGGCUGUGUAGUGCUACCCAGGAGGCACUGGGACACGGCUCAUUGCUUAAAGCACAGAAAUAGAAACACAACUGCAAACGGGAAAAUUCAAAGCAGCCUGUUGUAACUAUGGUCAAAGGUUAUAUAUCACCUGUAUAUGAUAAAAUAAUGGUCAUCAGAAGGAAAAUGUUUCAGGUGUUAUGAAAUAAUGUCCUUAUCAUCAAAGUCACAGCAUUUGGGACUCUUGAGAGAAACUGGUAUUUUGCUAAGGGCUAGGUUUUGCCUGGUAUGGAAGGAAGGCUUCUUUCAAAAAAUGCUGACCAUCUGGAAGGGGAACUGUCCUAUUUAAUUCAGUAAAUCAGAGGCAAAGCCCCUACUUUCCCAGUGGGAAUCUGCUUUUCUGUAGCAUCUCUGAGCUCAGUUGCUCUGACUUGCACUUCUCACAGGUGUCAGUAAAUUCUCCUAUGUCUUAACCCUGGAAGAACGUUACAUUACAGCUCCUGAGGCACAGUGACACAGCUGACAUCCUUUUAAUUUCCUUCCCAAAGCAGGAGCCAGUGGGAGCAGCUGGCGGCAAUGCCCUGAGGCCUCUGUUGGGUGGACAGCGCUCCUGCUGCUCCUUGGAAAUUAAAAGAAGGAAAUCAGGGGAGUACAGUUGCUGUUUCUGCUGCCUGCUUGUCCUUUCUGACCUCUGCAGAUACGAAAUUGAAAUUUUAAUUACUUCCUCAGUACAGGUUAAAGCAUGAAAACAUUUCCAGUGCAUGGAAAAGGGGUAUUUUGGAAUCUCCUCUUUUGAAAGAGAACAACAAAGAAUUUCUGUGGCCUUGAUUUUUGAAAUUAAGACAAGGUAGUACAAACCCCCAUUCCUAACAUAAGCAGGCACACUCCAGUACACUUCGUUUUUGGCAGGAAAACACGGCAAGAUCAUCCCUUCCUCUACUAUAACAAGACACCAGACAUAGUUACUGUAAAGUGCUUUAUAUUAUAAAAAUUCUCCCCAUGGAUAAACUGUGUAGCAUUUAUUUGAUCCUAAAUUGGGUGAGAGGGGUGGGUUAGUUAUAUUUUGGUCUUUUCCCCCCUCCCUCCCAUUCAGCAACACCGAAAAAGCUUUUUGCAAAAAGACAGACUGUCGUUUGUACCGAGGAAUGGACCGAACCACCUCACAAGAUGUGAUUCCAGUGGUUUGUCUGAGCACUGCCACAGAUGCCAUGAGCGUUUCCAUUGCAUUGUACAUACUUUUGAAAUAUUCUAUUUAGUCAUAUUUUAUAGGACUAUUAAAAAGCUACUGCCUAAUUAAUCACUUUUACACUUGUGUAAUUCAGAGCUUAGUUUAAAAUAAUAAAUAUGGCAAACAGUAUUUUUGUGUUCUGCUUGCAUUGGCGUUUGGAAAAGCAACAUUUAAAGAGUUAAACUAUAUCAGUAAACUGAGUAGUGUGGUGUAUACCUCUGGUAGAACUGAAAAUGCUUAAAUGUGUGACAUAGGCCAAACUCCGUUUCAGUAGAAAUUAGAGAAAAAGGAGUUGGCAGGAUAUCCCAUGUUCCAUUUUAAGCUGCUGCAGUUUCAGAGUCAUGUGAACUUGCUCUGGUUUGCUGUGGAUUUGGCUCAAUGUACACAAGAAGAACUGUAGCACAGUCCCUGGUGAACAAAAGCACGUCCCUGACCUGAUGUCGUUCUCACCAUGCUUUUAUAGUCAUGGGUGAUGCAGUGGGCAUGAGUGCUUGGACAAGGAACAUGGCAUUCAGCUGCCAGCCAGGCUGGGGAAAGUUCUAAUAACAUUUGUUGUUAUAAAAAUUCAAAUUAAUUGUUCGUUGUCUCUUGCAUCAGUUUGUACUGGAUCUUGCAAAGGACUGGAAACUGGGAGAUGAGUUUGCUGAUAACUGUCCUGUGAAAUUCUUAUAUUGGAUUUGGAAAAAAAUUUUUUUUCUGUGUGCCUGGCAUAAAAGACUUAGUUUCUCAAAAGAUGAUUGUUCAUGAUUACAAAAAUUAGAUCUGCUCAAGAAAUCUUGCUGGAGAUGUAAACUAUGAGCUCUUUGACUCCUUUGGAAAACACAGGCCUUAACCACUGUGUUUUAUUAGAAAAAGCAGUAAUAGUGAACUUCUUCUGGAGUACUUUAGAGGUGAAAUGUAGGAGGCCUGGUUUAUUCUUCACUUGGAGCACCACACGAGCUUUCCCUACUACAGUGAGAUUCUCCAUCCAACCCAACUGAAAUGCUCUGUUACUGACAUGCCAGUUGUGGCUCUUCCAUGGUACUUGGCACUGGAUGCAGCACUGGGAAAUGAGCUUCAGAGCUUCAGCUGUGAGUGGCAGAGAGCUGUGUGUCCCAAAGGAUCGGAGGCUGAUUAUGCUUUCAGAUGCUCUAAAGAACCUUUACUGAAUUUAUUAUUGGUCCUCCUUUAGUGGCAAACAUUUUACCACUAAAAUUUUAGCUGCUUCAGGCUUUCUCUCACAUACCAGUAUGAAUUUAAGACCUUUGCAUUUCCUUGCUUCCUCUCUGCCUAAGAAAUUACAUUUAGUUCUGUUUUACCAAAAAUCAAAACCAGGUAUGGACUGAAGUCCCAGCUAGACCCUCAUUUAUACUUGCCCUCACACAAAGCUCUUGAAUAAUUUGUUACGCUAGCAAAAAAAAAAAAAAAACAAAACCAAAAAAACCCCAAACCCACAAAAAAUCCAAACAUGGCUUUUCCUGGUUUAGCCCAUCUUCUAGGGGAGCACAGCAGCUUUCAAUAUUCCAGCCUCCUCUUAAAAGGAGAUGUUUUUCUAAUAUGAGCUGUGCUCUUUUUCUAAGUACAUGUAAACUGCAACAUUCAGGGGUAAAAUGACCGGGAGGAAAUGUUGUAAAAGCUCUUUCCCACAGGUCUGUUUGAACUGUGGAGUAUAUUUGCUUUGGCUUGGAGGGGAGGGAAGCUGGCACUGUUAGAGGCAGAACAGCAGCAGCACUCCCAUAGGAUGGGCAAGAACCUCGAAUGCCUCCACUGCAGAGAUGCUCAGAAAACUUUAAAAACCACACCAGCCUGAAUUCUCUCUCCUCUUCUGUCAGUUUGUUCAGUCACUACACAGAGGUUCUGAGGCUGCAGCAAGAGUCAUCUUAAUACAGGAGUAUGUCCUGGUGCAGCAAAAGCCUAGAUGGGGGUUGUUUGUUAGUGAGAUUCUUACUGGAGUCAGGCGGGGAAAGCUGUGAAGUGUGAGUAGUCUCAAACGAAAAAUAAAGCUAUUCAGAACCUUAAGACAGACUUCAAGAUUCAGAUCCACGUAACUGAGAGCUGUAUUAAGGGCCCAUUUGGGUCAGGGGUUUCCUCACAUCAGUAAGAGUAUCCAGCAAGAAGGAUUAAACUUCUCUAUUAUUCUCACCAGAAAAUCAGCCAAAUUAUUGUAACUGAUCGUUUAUCUAGUGCGAGAAAGUUGUGUCUACAUUAGUGUCACACAGAUGUGUUCUCUUCACUGUUGGGUUAAUGAAGGUAAAUGUUUUGAAUCCAUUUUAGAGCAGAGUUCUUGUUCAGAAACUUCUGAAAGAAAUGCCAUCUGUAACGACUGACGGAUCCUUAAGUGUCAGUUUGGCAAGUUGUCCUAAUGUGGGUAGCUGCAGAAAUAUUUCGUGUAUGUUGUUGUAGAUUUAAAAGCAUUACUCAUGGUUUCAUUCGAGUGUCUGCACUUCUGACACGGAUGUGACAUAUCUGUAUAUAUUAUAAAUCAAUACUAUUUUUAACCACAUAUUUUGUACAAAUAUUCACAUUAGCUCUGUACUUCAAUGAAAAUCUACUAUGGUAUUAAACAUUUUGGUGGAAUUAGCAAA